CUGUUGCUUGCAAGUGCUCUUUUUCAGAUUUGGUGGUGAGGACUUCCAAGACAAUUGAGAAUUUCAAGAAAACAACCACUUUUUUUGAAACUGUUAUAUCCUACUAAAUACUUUUAUAGUGGUUGACUCGUAAAUUAUCGUUGGCAUUCUUGAGAGAAAUAUAGCAUGUCAUUUCCUUUUUGUUAGUUGCCUGCAAAGUUGCCUGCGAAAAGCGGUUGAAUAGUCCUAUCCUCGUAAAAACACUAAAUUUUAUCCAAUAGCAACUUUCUUUUUAUGCUUGUUUUUUGGUUUUCUAAUAAAAAAAAACACCCAAAAUAAAAAUCAUUAUUAAAAAAGCCUUAUUCAUGGUUCUCACUUUAUGAAUUUGCAAGGCCUGCAGCUACCAGGAAGAGAACAUGCGUUGUCACCAGAAGUGAUUGAUUUAACUGAAGAGAUCCAUGAUCCAAUUGCAGAUGAAGAAGUUUCAGAAGUGCCUUUCUUGGAUUUAACUAGGAUAUCAGAACAUAGGCCUAGAAGAAGACGUAGAUUUGAAAGUGAUGUUGCGAAUGAAGAGACCCCGUCUAUGCGUUCUAUUCCGGACCCAGUAAGCCGGCCUCCAAUAUCUGUAGGCGGUGGCAUUUUUUGGACGAGACAAAGAAGAAGAGGUUCAUUACAGAGAUUAAUAAAUCAUUCUUCUGCGAAAACCCAACCGCAGUCAGCAAAACCAGUACCAGCCUCUGGCUUCACUUACGAUGUAAAACCAGAUAUGCAUUUGGUAUGUAUUCAAUGUAAGACGGAACUAGUCAAUAACGGAACAACUUCAAUAUUUGCUUCAAAGUGUGGGCAUGUGUUCUGUUCGUCAUGUACGAAAGGUCUUCGAAAGAAAACUCAACCAUGUCCAGUGACUCAUUGUGGAAAACGCUUGACAAGAAGGUCUCUCUUUCCUCUAUAUAUUUAAGCUCUUCUACAGAUUUUAUCACCUUUUGGUAUUUUUUUAUAUACUCCAUGCCAUGAAAACAGGAUUCAACUAUAGAGUCCUUGUUUUGUAAAAGUGUUUACGGUAAGAAAGGAUUAAAGAGCCAAUAUUGUACAGAAAAAAUACUAUGUACAAACGGAAAUAAAAGAUGAAAUCAUAUGGGUUUGAAAAAUGAUGGAAAAUUACAUGUUUACUCGAAGUAAACACAGCAAGUAAUAGGCAGAAUAUUACUUGCUUUUGAAAUUUUGAACUAAAAUUACAUGCAACGAACCGAAGUCCCAGAUUAUUAUAAGACUACCUAAAGAGAACUGUUUCUAUAGCAAUCCAGAAUCUCUGUCAACUUAAAAAUAUUCUCAUAUUCGGUCUUUGGCGAGAGAUACACAUACAAUCCUUGAUUUUAGUGGAUCAUAAUAAGUUUAUGUAGCUGUACUUUAUGAACAGGUAUACUAAUAUGGUAAGUCUUCUCAGUCAUCGAACUGGAUUGAAUGCACUUUGGUUAUGCGAACUUUCGAUAACAAGGACAACGAUGAAGCGUAAAGGAAAAUUGAUAAUAAAAUAAUUGUGAGAAUAAAACAGUACGUUUCAGUUAAUGU